AUGGAUCCAACGAAAGAUCUUGCUUGGAGAGAAGCCUUGGAGUUUCCCGAAGAUUGGGAUGUCGACUUCGGGGAGGACCAACAGGAUGAGGAGGAUGAGCUGGAUGACGGAUUCAUGGAAGAGGACGAGCUUGGCGAGAAGGGCAUGGAUGAAGAGUUCGAGGAAGUUGACGAUGAACUUGAGGCUGGUGCAGAGGAUGACUUGGAAUCCAAUGAGGAAUCUCCGGGCAAUGUCCCUGGAGAGCAACCGCCCGAGUUCCACUCACCUGCCUGGGAGCGGCCACACAGACUUCCAGAGGGGCAUGUCUCGGGGCGCCAGCGGACAGGAUGGUCAUCCAUGCGGAAUCUACAAAGACCACCAACGGCAGGCAUCCAUCCUCGCGCUGCUUUCUUGAGUAGUGUGGAUUCGCAACCUGUGUUUCCGCUUGCACGACCAGCAGGUCCAGCGAGACAUGAAGGACCUGCGAAACGAAGCAGAGCUGCAAGUAGCCUUGAGGAGGAGGAGCCUCAAAGGAUUCAAAAGCGACGCAAGAAGAUCAUAAAGAUCAAGGUGUCUUUGAAGCCUGCUGUGGCAGAGAAGCUUGGGCAACUGACAGCCAGAAGUAUUAAGCUGACCGCGCAUGCUGUGCGGGGCUUGGCAGCGGCCGAUGCCAAAGAUGCUUUGGUCUUGCUGCAGGACUUGCUGUCCCACCGCCAGGUGGCACAUCCUUCCCGGUUUGUCAUGGUGAGCCUCCAGAACUUGAAGAAGAAGGCUGGUGAGGCUCCACCAGACUCCAAGGUCCGGGCCCUCCGGGCCCCGGCCGGCACCGCUGAGUGCCAGGCCGCGAAGCCGGUGAAGGUGCCUGGACAGGGGGAGCCGCCACGAGAACGGCUGGAUUUGCCCUUCGAACGCCAAGCGGUGCAGGCGAAGCUGCUGGCACUCAACAAGCUUGGCAUAUGGACCAAAGGUCCUCAUCCGUUGGAUGAGUCUGCCCUGUCAGCGUUGAUGCAGAUUGAGCCAGCCAGAGGAUUGGAAAUCUUGGAGGAGGUGGAAGCACAGGGCGUGGCCUUAAUAGAUCCCAGUCGUCAUGCUCGAGAGCUGGCUGCAGAUGAAGAGAAGGUGUUUCCUCCCUGAGCAGCCGAGCCCAA